UUCGUUGUGUUGUGGCGCUGGCAAUCACAUGUGUUUGGGAUUCUGAAGUUGUUUUGCGAGGAUUGUCCCGAAACUCAUUUCAUGAUCUGAAAAGGGUGUUUUGCAAAGCAUAUGACUGCCCAGGAGGUGCGGCUGUGUGGCCUGCUGCUACAGGAGCACUUUGGAGAGGUGGUGGAGAGGAUAGGCACUCACCUGCUCAGAGGAGGGGCACAGAACCUCAGGACCAUCGCCAAUGAGACCAACACACCACUGGACCUGGUGAAGAAGUCUCUGUGUGUGUUGGUACAGCACGGUGCUUGUGAGUUCGGGUCGGGCCGCAGGGGCCCCGGGAGCCCAGUGGAGUACCGGGCCAGCUGUGAGCGGGUUCUAAGGGUUCUGCGGUACCCGCGGUACAUCUACACAGCUAAGACCCUGUAUGGAGACACAGGAGAACUCAUCGUGGAGGAGGUCCUACAACGAGGCCAUAUGACAAUGAGCAACACGGUCAAGACUGUAGCUGACCGACUCACUCAUAACAUGGAGGAGGGUCGUAGUAUGGAGUACAGUGAGGUGGUCUCAGCCUUCUCUAAGCUGGUAGAGACUCACUUCCUGCAGCGCUGUCCUCCGGUGGCCGAGAUGGGAACUGCAGCCACCUCCAUUACCCCGGCAACCCCCGGCACCCCUGCCGCCUCCGCCUCCACUGCCCCCCCAACAGCAGAGAGCAACCCUGACUGCUACAAGCUGCCCCAUGUUACACUCAUAGGUCGCGGGAAGCGCAGAUGCUCCAGUGACGACAGUGAGGAGCAGAGAGGAGGGAAGAAAGCCAAGAUGGACUCCGAGAUGGAGUUUGUGGGGAAAUCAGGUGACAGUGGAGGAGGGAUGUACGUGGUCAAUCUCCAAAGAGCCCUGGCCAACCUGGCGAGAGCUACACUGGAGUCUGUGGUACAGGAGAGGUUUGGCUCGCGGUCGGCUAGGAUCUUCCGUCUGUUGCUAAGGAAACGUCACCUGGAGCAGAAGCAGGUGGAGGACUUUGCUAUGAUCCCUGCCAAGGAGGCCAAAGACAUGCUGUAUACACUGCUGUCAGAGAACCUGGUACAGCUACAGGAAAUCCCUAAGACUCCUGACCACGCCCCUUCACGUACCUUCUACCUGUACACUGUCAACCAGCUGCCUACUGCCCGCCUACUGCUACAACACUGCUACAAGACAGUGGCUAAUCUGAUUGAGAGGCGCCUCUUCGAGACCAAGGAGAACAAGCGUCUGCUGGAGAAGUCCCAGCGAAUCGAGGCGAUCCUGGCGUCGCAGCAGGCCAGCGGGGCGGAGCCUGAACAGCUGACAGAGGUGGAGGAGAUGAUCACUGCCCCCGAGAGACAGCAGCUAGAAGCCCUGCGACAUCACAUCAACAAGUUGGACUCUACAGAGAACCAGGUGGAUGAGACUGUCUUUCUACUGGAGUCCUACAUCUUCUCUACCAAGACCAAGUGAGAGGGA